AUGGACUCCAUGCGGCAUCUAUCCACCUCGCUGCCCGGCGCUUCCUCCCGACAACGCAAUACCGACGAGCCCACCUCCGAUAUCCUGGGCGACUUCAAAGCCGCCGCUCUAUCCGUCACCAACCUCUACAAGACCGCUGCCAGGUCUCAAGAACGUGCUAGAGGCGCCGGGUAUCAGGAUGCUCUCGACGACCUCCUGGCGUUCCUGGACAAGGAGAAUCUGGGUCUGAUGGAUGGCGAGGGCUGGCGGGUGAGACAAUGGGCGACUGAGAGGUUGGAGGGCGAGAGACCAGCGCCACGGCAAGGCACGGAGACCUCCAGCACCACCGCAGACGACGAGGACGACGGUAGUACAGCAAAGGAUGAUGACAAGGACGACGAGCGGAGUUCAAGUCCGGAAGUGCAGAGGAAGCCACCACACCACCCACUCGUCAACUCAAGCAGCGACCUCACGGAGGACCAUGCCGCCUUGCCACACCGCCGUGUCGUCUCCGAGCCACCACAACAGCAGCAGUAUACCCCUCUGCAAGGAGACUUCACUUUCCAGUCAUCUCACGCAUACCCCAGCAACCACGACAGAGAUAUGGAGCUCGACAAUAACAGCACGCCUCCGCAGCAGUCCACAGCGUCCUCGAAUGCUUCCAGCACAGAGACGGUCCGCAUAAUACCUCGCUCAUCGGGCCGCAAUGCCACCCGACACCAUAAGCGCAAUAACAAUGCCGAAACCCGUCUUCCCACCCUCAACUUCAAUCUCGGCACCGGGGCCGGAAGCAAGCGAAAGCUGCCAUACCAGGACUUCUUCGAUAUCUCGGGCGUCAAUGAAGGCGGAGAUCGCAAGGAUGGAGGAGGAGGAAACAACGGCAGUGGAAGAGGGGGCAAGCGAGGAAGGCACGUCUGA